UCUUUCUCUCUCUCUCUCUCUAUCUAGUCUUAUCAAGCCACUUUCUCACGAAUUUUGAAUGAUUUUCAAGAGAAGAGGGAUCUAUGUUGCUGAUGGAGAGUGUCAUGAAGAAGGCCGCCGUCUCCAGGAGCUGGAUUAAGCUGGACCAGAGCGGCCAUGGAACGAUAAUGGAUCUCGACAAGUUUGAUAUCAUGCGCCGAGUUCCUAUUCACGCCAGGGACCUUCGAAUUAUUGAUUCCUUGCUUUCUUAUCCUUCUAUAAUCAUAGGCCGAGACAAAGCUAUCAUUCUCAAUCUGGAGCACAUAAAAGCUAUCAUCACUGCAGAUGAGGUUUUUCUUCGAGACCCUCUAGAUGACAAUGUUAUUCCUGUUGUGGAAGAAUUAAACAGAAGACUGCCUCCUCCUUCGAGUUCUAACUCCGGAGGAGUUGUGGGAGAAGAUGAAGAACCUUCUUCAAGGGCCCAAGAUGAUGAAGAAAAUGCUGUUCUAGAAUUCCCAUUUGAAUUUCGUGCUCUGGAGGUUGCUUUAGAAGCGAUGUGCAGUUUUCUUGAUGCACGUACAAGAGAAUUGGAGACUUCUGCUUACCCAGCUUUGGAUGAGCUUACCACAAAGAUCAGCAGCCGUAAUUUGGACCGAGUUCGUAAGCUAAAGAGUGCAAUGACAAGGCUGACUAGUCGGGUUCAGAAAGUAAGGGAUGAACUGGAACAACUUCUAGAUGAUGAUGAUGAUAUGGCAGUUCUUUACUUAUCAAGGAAACUAAAUGGGUUUUCUUCACCUGUGAGUGGUUCAAAGCUUUCUAGAACAACAAGUAGAGGAAGUGCUGCAUCUACUCUUAAUCCAGAACCUGAUAUUGAAGAACUCGAAAUGUUGCUUGAGGCUUACUUUAUUCAAAUUGAAGGCACAAUGAACAAACUGACCACAUUGCGUGAAUACAUUGACGAUACUGAAGAUUACAUCAACAUCCAGUUGGAUAAUCAUCGAAAUCAACUGAUUCAGCUGGAGCUCUUCCUAAGUUCAGGGACUGUUUGUUUAUCUGUAUAUUCAUUGGUGGCUGCUAUAUUUGGUAUGAACAUACCAUACACAUGGAAGGAGGGCCAUGGUUAUGUUUUCAAAUGGGUAGUUAUUCUCACAGGGAUUGUUUGUGGCACCAUUUUCUUAUCAAUAGCUUCAUAUGCUCGCCAUAAAGGUCUAGUGGAAUCUUAAACUUUAUGAAGGUACCACAUGUAUGUUUUUUAUUGGAUAUAAAUGUUCAAAUUUCAGUUUAAGUUUUGUUUUUUAUUAGGACCAGUUUAGGAGUCUAAGAGGCUUGUUUGUUAGACACCCAACUGGUACUAGUAGCUAGCCCAUUUUUUUUUAGGGCACCAAUAAAAGGUGCUUUUUUAUCUUCUUUUUAUUUUGGUUUGUAUUUGGAUCUAACUAUUAUUUUAUCUCAGACAGUUAAAUUGUAAAUAAUUUUUUGGGUUUGGUA